AUGUACCUCUACAACCUGACGCUGCAGCGCGCGACGGGCGCGGUGUGCGCCGUCAUCGGCAGCUUCAGCGGGCGGGACUCGAAGAAGUCGGCCGCCUCCGUGUCCGGGUCCGGCUCCACGCAGGAGAUCGCCGUGGCCCGGGGCAGCACGCUCGACCUCCUCCGCCCGGACCCGGAGACGGGCCGCCUCCGCACGCUCCUCUCCGUCGACGUCUUCGGCGCCAUCCGCUCGCUCGCGCAGUUCCGCCUCACCGGCGCCAACAAGGACUACCUCGUCGUCGGCUCCGACUCGGGCCGCCUCGUCAUCCUCGAGUACUCCCCGGACCGCAACCGCCUCGACAAGGUCCACCAGGAGACCUUCGGCAAGUCGGGCUGCCGCCGCAUCGUCCCCGGCCAGCUCCUCGCCGUCGACCCUAAGGGCCGCGCGCUCUGCAUCGCCGCGCUCGAGAAGCAGAAGCUCGUCUACGUCCUCAACCGCGACGCCGCCGCGCGCCUCACCAUCUCGUCCCCACUCGAGGCGCACAAGUCCAACACCCUCACCUUCGCCCUCGCCGCGCUUGACUGCGGGUUCGACAACCCCGUCUUCGCCGCCAUCGAGCUCGAGUACGCCGAGUCUGACCGCGACCCCACGGGGCAGGCCGCCAACCAGGCGCAAAAGCUCCUCACCUUCUACGAGCUUGACCUGGGGCUCAACCAUGUCUCCCGCAAGGUCUCUGAACCGAUUGAUAAUGGCGCCAAUCUUCUCGUGACUGUCCCUGGUGGUGGUGACGGUCCGAGCGGGGUUCUCGUGUGCUGUGACAAUUUCGUGCUGUACCGGAACCAGGGUCACCCAGAGAUUCGUGCUGUGAUUCCACGCCGUGCUGACCUCCCUGCUGAGCGGGGCGUCCUCAUUGUUGCUGCCGCACCACACAAACAAAAGAGUAUGUUCUUCUUCCUGCUACAGACUGAGUAUGGUGACAUCUUCAAGGUUGACCUUGAUCAUAGUGGGGAUACUGUUAGUGAGCUCAGGAUCAAAUACUUUGACACCAUACCAGUGACAUCAGCUGUCUGUGUGCUGCGAUCUGGUUUCCUCUUUGCUGCUUCUGAGUUUGGCAACCAUGCACUUUACCAGUUCCGUGAUAUUGGUAGAGAUGCGGAUGUCGAGUCCUCUUCUGCAACACUGAUGGAGACAGAGGAGGGAUUCCAGCCAGUUUUCUUUCAGCCAAGGGCAUUGAAGAACCUCAUGCGCAUAGAUGAGAUUGAGAGCCUCAUGCCAGUCAUGGACAUGCGUGUCGCGAAUUUAUUUGACGAGGAAACACCCCAGUUGUUCACUGCCUGUGGCCGUGGUCCACGCUCCACGCUGCGCAUCCUGAGGCCUGGCCUUGCCAUCAGUGAGAUGGCCCGAUCAAUGCUCCCUGCCGAGCCUAUUGCUGUGUGGACUGUCAAGAAGAAUAUCAAUGACAUGUUUGAUGCUUACAUUGUUGUGUCCUUUACUAAUGUAACACUUGUGCUCUCUAUUGGUGAGACCAUUGAAGAAGUCAGUGACAGCCAGUUCCUGGACACCACGCACUCCCUUGCAGUCACGCUCCUUGGUGAGGACUCUCUAAUGCAGGUCCACCCAAAUGGCAUCCGGCACAUCAGGGAGGAUGGUCGUGUCAAUGAGUGGAGGACGCCUGGAAAGAAAACUAUUACAAAGGUUGGAUCAAACCGUCUCCAGGUGGUAAUCGCUCUUAGUGGUGGAGAGCUCAUCUAUUUUGAGAUGGACAUGACUGGUCAGCUCAUGGAGGUGGAGAAGCAGGACAUGUCUGGUGAUGUUGCGUGCCUGGCCAUUGCGCCGGUCCCUGAGGGGAGGCAAAGGUCAAGAUUUCUUGCUGUAGGAUCCUAUGAUAACACCAUCCGUAUCCUCUCACUGGACCCUGACGAUUGCUUGCAGCCUCUAAGUGUCCAGAGUGUAUCAUCGGCACCGGAGUCACUUUUAUUCUUGGAGGUCCAGGCCUCUAUUGGUGGUGAGGAUGGUGCAGACUAUCCAGCCAAUCUUUUCCUCAAUGCUGGUUUGCAGAAUGGUGUACUUUUCCGGACCAACGUCGACAUGGUUACGGGUCAGCUAUCGGACACACGUUCUCGAUUCCUUGGCCUGAGACCUCCAAAGCUAUUCCCUUGUAUAGUUAGCCACAGGCAAGCAAUGCUCUGCCUGUCCAGCCGUCCUUGGCUGGGUUAUAUACAUCAAGGCCAUUUUCUCUUGACACCAUUGUCCUGUGAUACGCUCGAAUCUGCAGCAUCAUUUUCUUCUGAUCAGUGCUCAGAAGGUGUAGUUGCUGUUGCGGGAGAUGCCCUACGUAUUUUCACCAUUGAGCGCCUGGGGGAGACUUUCAAUGAGACGGCUAUCCCUCUACGCUACACCCCAAGGAAGUUUGUGAUUCUACCAAAGAAAAAAUAUAUUGCUGUCAUUGAGAGUGAUAAGGGUGCGUUCAGUGCAGAAGAGCGAGAAGCUGCUAAGAAAGAGUGCCUUGAGGCUUCUGGUGCAGCGGAGAAUGGAAAUGCGAAUAAUGGUGAUCCAAUGGAGAAUGGUGAUGGUCAAGAAGAUGGUGCUGAGGGUAACACGUUUCCUGAUGAACAAUAUGGUUAUCCAAAGGCUGAAUCUGAGAGGUGGGUUUCCUGCAUUAGGAUCCUUGAUCCAAGGAGUAGAGACACAACCUGUCUGCUGGAAUUGCAGGAAAAUGAGGCUGCUGUCAGUAUUUGCACUGUGAAUUUCCAUGAUAAGGAGCACGGAACUCUACUGGCUGUUGGCACUGCCAAGGGAUUGCAGUUCUGGCCAAGGAGGACCCUUGCUGGUGGAUUCAUCCACGUAUAUAAGUUUGUGGACGAAGGGAGGUCACUUGAACUUCUACACAAGACACAAGUGGAGGAAGUACCUCUUGCGUUGUGCCAAUUCCAGGGACGAUUACUUGCAGGUGUUGGUUCAGUGCUCAGACUAUAUGAUCUGGGGAAGAGAAAGUUGCUCAGAAAAUGUGAAAACAAGCUUUUUCCGAGGACAAUAGUGUCUAUUCAUACCUACCGUGAUAGGAUCUAUGUUGGUGAUAUGCAAGAGUCAUUUCACUAUUGCAAGUACAGACGAGAUGAAAACCAACUCUAUAUAUUUGCUGAUGACAGUGUUCCCAGAUGGCUUACAGCAGCACAACACAUAGAUUUUGACACUAUGGCUGGAGCAGAUAAGUUUGGGAAUAUAUAUUUUGCUCGUCUUCCUCAGGAUCUCUCAGAUGAGAUUGAAGAAGACCCAACUGGAGGCAAGAUUAAAUGGGAGCAAGGGAAGUUAAAUGGUGCCCCUAACAAAGUUGAGGAGAUUGUGCAGUUUCAUGUCGGUGAUGUUGUAACAUGUUUGCAGAAAGCCUCUUUGAUUCCUGGUGGAGGUGAAUGUCUUAUUUAUGGGACUGUGAUGGGCAGUGUGGGAGCACUGCUUGCAUUCACCUCCAGGGAAGAUGUUGACUUCUUCUCUCACUUGGAGAUGCAUCUCCGCCAGGAGCAUCCACCAUUAUGUGGAAGAGAUCACAUGGCUUACAGAUCUGCUUAUUUUCCAGUGAAGGAUGUGAUAGAUGGUGAUCUCUGCGAGCAGUAUCCCUCCCUCCCAGCUGAUAUGCAGAGGAAGAUUGCUGAUGAGCUGGACAGAACUCCUGGUGAGAUCCUGAAGAAGCUAGAAGACAUGAGGAACAAAAUCAUCUAA